UACUCAUAUAUAAGAUAGGCCAAGAGUUUUUGCCGCUAGCCCGUCUGACACACUUUCCGUCGAGGAGAAACUAGAUACCUGCCAUUAUGAACAAGCUACUGGUUAUCACAGUUGUCGUUGCUUUCCUUGCUCUGGGAGCAGAGAGCUUCCGUGUGCCCAGGCAGACGGAAGAGGAGGAGAAGGGAACCAUUGCCACUGUGGUGGAUACACUUAGGUCCUACUAUGACUCCAGCGUCGACACUGCUAGCGGCUAUGUUGAGACCAUCAAGGGCUACAAACUGGACGAGAAAGCCAAGAGCCUGUAUCAAGACACAGUUAAAGCCGUCAGCACCUACGCCGGCAUCUUCAAUGACCAGCUAUACCACAUGUUUUACCCUCAAGACAGCUCUUAAAUCACAUAGUAUCUCACCUUAACAGAACUCCAUCUCUUUCUGGUCCUGAAUCUGUCACAACGCUUGAAUCACAAUCAUAUGCAUCACACAAGAAGACGGCACCAUAUGAGGUGAACUGUUGAACUCGUGUCUCCCAAUGGUCUGUUACCUUCGCCCUGUCAAAAAUACUGCAAAAGCACAUAACACCCUAAACACACAUCAGUCGACAAACAUGAUGUGAUGUUGUAAUGCUCAACCACAACCUGUUUUUGGAUGAAGAUCAGAGACCCUUUGCUGCUGACUGUUACCUGGUGCCCUCUAUCGUGCGUCCAGGUUAAAACAGUAUCAUCGACUGUUUCAUUGUACUUUAUCUGUAUAGAUUAAAGAAAUCCUUGUAUUAUAUCAA